AUGCGCCGUGGCCACCAGCGGGACCGCACACUACACGGAGCCCGCGGGCAGGGAGGGGGGGCGGCGGUGGUGGGUGACGGGGGGCUCGCUGUCGCGCUUCCGAAGCUACUGCGCAAGCUCAUCGGUGCGGUGGCACCAUUAAGAAACAUCAAUUGGGAAGCCUGGUUCCACGACGCCGACGUCGACGAGCACGGCUACGGCUACAGUAGUGAUUCCGACGAGGACGAGGACGUGCGUGGCCGCUCUACCGCCGCAGCGCCGAAGAACAACGACGACAAUAACAACAACAGCUGGCUUUUUCUACAGGACUAUACUAGUAGACUCCUCCUGAGAAACCUGCCUGAUCUCGCACGCUUCACGACGGACGACUACAACGAUCUCGACGAUCACGAUCACGAUCACGGCUACGGCGAGUAUCUCUCUACCCAAGAAUUAGAAGAAGAAGCAGAGGCAGAAGGAAAAGAAGGAAAAGAAGAACAAGCAAGAGGAAGAACCCGGAUGCGCAAAAUGCUCACGGCACGCGACAUGAUCGAGCCUUCGUCUCGGAAGAGGUCAAAGUCCAAGGGCGAGAAGUCUUCGCAGGCUCGGGCCAAGGACGAGACCCCGGAAGAGAAGGAGGCGCGUCGUGAAGAGCGGCGCGCAAAGAAGGCGGAUCGGCAGGCCCGGCAGGAAGCAGAGGCUCUGGCUCUCCUGGGUCUACCCAGGAUGAGGCGCCACAGGGUCGGCGGCAAAGACAAGAAAAAGGAUAAGGAUAAGGGCAAGGACGAAUCGAAGGGAAAAGAGAUACUCGCCGCCGUCGCCGCCGAACCGUCACCACUACCACCACCUCCCAAAGAAUCGAAAGCGGAAUCGAAAGCGGAAUCGAAAGCGGAAAAGAAGACGAAGGUGUCGGUCAAAGAUGUCAUUAGCAGCGGGUUUACGGGAAAGAAAUCCAUAGUGACGGUCAAAAGGACAGGGUCUCCGAAACGAGAGGUUCGAUCGAAACAUCUUGCACGUGGUGCACAUAUUCGGCCCAGCCUCGCCAACACGGACAAGAACAUCGUCAUCACCGUCAUCAUGAGCACGCGUCCGCUGAGUCUGAACUUUCGUGUGGACGUUGUGUGA